GGGAGUGCAGAAGAAAGAUGAGGAAAGGUUUGGACAAGGAUCUCUUGACACGGAACAAGCUCAUUUUAAGCUCUCGAGAGCGGAACAUGUGACGGGGAAGCAAGUGUGUGACGCAAAACUGAAACUUGGCUGGAGGCCACGCGUUGAGCAGCGCCGCGCCCCACGGGGACCUGUUGAUUCCCGGUGGCGCCAGCAACAGCAACACAGCGGCAGCAUCCCAUCAUGGUGGUGGCGGGGCGCCGCGGCCUGGCCUGAGUGUGCGGCGGGAGCACCUGCCUGGCGGAGGGGCGCGACAGUAGUGACGACAGUGUGCGCCGUAACGAACGCAGCGCAGAUGUGCCGGUGCUGAGGCGGCCCGCAGGGGCAACGCUGACCCUUGUUGUUGACCCAUGACGAUGAAGACGUGUGAAACGGGUCGUCCCCCGUCAGUUGAUUCCCUCGGCAGCCUCUCCAUCCCCUCCCCGGGCGUGCUGGUUCCCGCGGCGGCGCCCUCCACGCCCCAUGCCCUCGUCGCCCAGGGCACAGCAGUUCCCGCCCCGAUCAUGGCCAGGGACGCUGUCGAGGCUCCGGGAGUCAACACGGGCGGCUCCUCGUCCUCGUCUUCCUCAUCGUCGUCCGCGUCCACCCCCGAGGGCGCCAGCCUGCUGCAGGGGGGCAAGGGCAGCCUACAGUUUAGUCCCGAGCAGAUCGACUGUGUGUGCGAGACACUGCUGCAGGCCGGGGACAUGGAGCGGCUGGGCAGGUUCCUGUCCAUCCUGCCGCUGCACACGGAGGUCUCGCGCUCCUCGGAGGUGAUCCUGCGGGCGCGGGCGGCGGUGGCGUUUCACAGGGGAACGUUCAAGGACGUGUACACCAUCCUGGAGAGCAACACCUUCACCGCCAAGUACCACACGGAGAUGCAGAACAUGUGGUACCGCGCCCACUACAAGGAGGCCGAGAAGAUCCGACAGCGACCCCUCGGAGCCGUCGACAAAUACCGAAUCCGCAAGAAGUACCCGCUGCCGAAGACGAUCUGGGACGGCGAGGAGACCAUCUACUGCUUCAAGGAAAAGUCUCGCCUGGCGCUGAAGGAGUGUUACAAGCAGAACCGCUACCCGACGCCGGACGAGAAGCGGAACCUGGCCAAGCAGACGGGGCUCACGCUCACCCAAGUGUCCAAUUGGUUCAAGAAUCGCCGCCAAAGAGAUCGGAACCCCGCGCCUCGACCGGAGCUACUGUUGGGGGGCCACGGAGACGGGUCGGUCAUGGGGCACCCCUUCGACCACGCGGGGCACGAUAUGCGGGCCAUGUACGUCGCCAAGAUGACCUACGACCCUUCCAAGAUGGGUUACGACCCCUCCAAGAUGGGCUACGACCCGAGUCUGGCCGGCGUGGCAGCCCCGAGGCCCAACAUGAUGAAGACGGACAUGUUGGCGCAGCAUCUCAAGCCGGACGCUGCCUCGCUCCUGCACCAGUUCCCGCACAUGGCCGCCGCCGCCGCCUCGUAUCCCUACCAUGGCUAUGACACGUCCACGCUGCAGGCGGUCACGGCUUCGCACCACCAGGACGUGUGAGCCUCCAACAGUCUAUCCACGCCCUGGUGUACCUAAGUGACAUGUAGCGUGCGUGUUCGAGGGUCGAGUCUGUGGUGAUAGUCUUGUGCUCUCCCGCGUGCUCGGUAAACGCCCCCUGCGCCCUGUCCACGCCCUCAUCGGUGAGCGUGGUAGAGGCGUGUGUGCGUGGGUGCAGGCUUGGGGUAGUGAUACUCUUGUGUUGUGUUGUGCCGCGCGUGUGUGUGUGUGUGUGUGUGUGUGUGUGUGUGUGAGAGGGGAACAAGGUGGAACUAUUGAAAUGUGUGUGCGUGUGUGGGUAUCGGUGAGGUGGGCGUGGAUGUGUGUGGGACCAAAGGUGUGUGUGUGUGUGUGUGUGUGUGUGUGUGUGUGUGUGUGUGUGUGUGCGUGCGUUUAACAAGUGCGGCAUACACACACACACACACACACUCACACACGGAAAAAUGAUCCCUCUGUGUGACGAGAACGAGGUGCCGAAGAGGAGGAGGAGGAGGAGGAGGAGGAAAGGAGGAGACCCAACCCCCUCUACCAACACCAACACCCUUUCCUCCUCCCCCCUGCCCCCCCCCACCCCACCCCCGUUACCCCGUAGCUGUUCACGCCAAGGUCACUGGGUCAUGGUAAGUGUGACCUGCGUGAGGGCCACUGUUGGGAUGCCCUCGCGCUGCCCUCGGGAUCGUGACCUCUGCGGGGUGGUCACACGAGAGGGGAGGAGCGCCAGGGGUCAGGGGGAGGGUCAAAGGCCACUUGGCACUCACUGGCGGCAUCUCGCGUGUUGACACAGAGGUGGGUGUGAAGAGGGGGGUAAGGGGGAGGAAAGGGGGAGAAAGGGCAAGAGGGGAAUAGGACAGACACUCCCCACCAUGCACCCUCACGCAAUCCCCCACCUCUUCACGUACCAUGCAAUUGAGGAAAGAAAGGGGCCCAGGAAGGAAAGUGAGAGAAGUGGGGGAAUAGGGAGGGAGGACAGCAAUCACCCCCCCAGACCCUCCCUACCCACCCUAUUCCCGUAGUACCAUGCUAGUGAGGAAAAAGAGGGGCAGAGAAAGUAGGGAGAGUGUACCUUUAUGUAAGAAAGUGUGAAAAGAGAGAGAGAAGAGGGAGAGAGGACAGCCCCGCACCCCCACGCAACCCCUUCAUGCACUCCCUAACGCACCUCACUCACGCACCACGCACAGAAAACAGUACAUUGAGGUUUUAAAGAGACGGUUACGUGACUUGAAGUGCCGCUAAAGAGAGGGAGAAAGUGUUGUCGGCCACGUACAUACCACCACGCACUCUCCCACACGCCCACUUUCCCGUUAUAACUCUCCUGACGCACUCACUUUUACCAACCACGGACAGAAAACGAUACAGUGAGGCUUUUAAUAGAUUGAUAAGUGUCUCGAAGUGCUGUCAGAAGGGGAAAAGACAUAAAGAACCCUUUGAAGUGUGUGAGAAACUUGUGCUCCUUGCCUCUUGCACCUGGACCAAAACGUCGACUUAGUGGGUAAUGUGUUGGUACUACUACGACUACUACGACUACUACGACUACUACUACCACCUGGGAACUGAGUGAUUCGUUACCUGGCUGGCUGGCUGGCUUAGUGUUUAUAACUACUGUGAACUGUGCUAUUGUGUGUGUGUGUGUGUGUGUGUGUGUGUGUGUGUGUGUGUGUGUGUGUGAUGAUGGCAGUGAGCUCUGUUUUUGGUGUGAUUAUUACUGCUGCUGCUACUACUACUACUACUACUACUACUACUACUACUACUACUACUACUGUGAAACUAUUACUAUUACUGCUGUUCUCAACCUCUUUUCCUUUUUCAACUACUAUUACUACUUUCCCUCCUCCUCCUCCUCCUCUUCCUUUUACUAUAUACUACUACUACUACUACUACUACUACUACUACUACAACUACUGUGAAACUAUUACUAUUACUGCUGUUCUCAACCUCUUUUCCUUUUUCAACUACUAUUACUACUUUCCCUCCUCCUCCUCCUCCUCUUCCUCUUACUACUUCUACUACUGCAACUACUACGAGGGGUUUCCUAAGCUCUCCUAUCCCUCCCAGUGAGGAUAAGUUAUACUACAAGAGUUUCGUGUUCUAACGAGACGUGUGAAACGAGUGAAACAGGAAAUGAAGACAAAUUGGAACUGAAGAAAAAAGAAAAGAUGAAGAAAAAAAGGAACUGGUGAAGGAGUCUGGCUGGAAUGUAUUGUAUUAUUCAUAUUUUCCUUCUUUUUUCUUCUCCCCCUCCUCCUCCUCACCCCUUUAAUGUGUUGCUAAAGGGUGAGGAAAGGGUGAGAAGGGGGGCAUUUAAAACAAGUAUUAUCAUAACCACCCCUACCACCCCUCUCCCUUCACGUCAACCCCCCCCCCCAUCAUACCACCAUUCCCACCAAAAAACCAUGCACAGAAUCUACACCCUCACCACCGCCAACCACCCAGCUCCCUUUGACCCCUCACCCCCACCCACCCAGACCUGCCUCCACCCCCCACCCAGCUCCCCCCACACCACCUCAUCUCCACCCUUUAACCCCUCUCACCACCCCACUCGUCAAUCUAACCUUACAUUAUCUUUUUUUUCUAGGUAUGUCUAUUAAUUUUUGUGGUUAUUAGUUUUAUUUUCCUUUUACUUUUACGCAACUACUAUUUCCCUUUCGAGUUUUACAUGUAUUCUUUUUUUUUAUUCACUUAUCUAUGUUUAAUUGUUUGACUUGUAGCAUCGUCAUUUUUUUUUUUCGGUUUUCGAUGUCAACCUGCUUAUUACCCAGUCCUCCAUCCCUCGUUCACUCCCAUCCUCCAUUCCACUCAUUCCCCACGAUGCAGAUAUCAAUUAUCCUCCUUAUCAAUUUUCAGCACUCGGAUUGGAAAGCUAAAUAAAAA